AUGACUUUCAACCUUUCGGAGCCUGAAGAAUUUCAGCCCACGCUUCUUAUUUUAUUGGUAAGUUCAGCUGCACUUCAACUUUCCCAUCAGGAUGAAGAAAUGAGGGAAGAAUUUCAGUGCGUUACCCCGCGGAGUAAUACAGAAAAUGAACAGAAACCGAUGAAACGAAAAUGGAAUUUGGAACAACUCCGAGCCGGUGAUACUUUUUUAUCGGUACAAGCUGCCACAAAUAAAUAUGAUUCGCAAAAAGGUAUGACUGCGCCCGGUAUGCCACGAUGGAAUAUAACCAAGGACAAGCAUCUCGGGUUUAUAAAUUCUGAUCGAAAAAGUGAGGAAAUGCUGAGAGCACAGUAUGGAAGCAAUCAGUACGCAUCACAAAAAGGCUUAACACCAAUUGGUGCGUCACGAGGUCAAGUGUUAAAAGUAGAAUAUAAAAAGGAUUGGAAGACAGUUACUGACAAACAGAGUGAAAAAUUUAUACCUAAGCAAUCUGGUGAUUAUGGAACAGCUACACAAUCCGGAGAGCGUUCGAUGGGUUCUCAUCGUAAUCAGGUACCAAUUAUUAGAGGACGUUUACCACGAGAUCGACGUUCGAAUGGUAUAUUAUGUUAUCAGUAUGGUACUAAUAUAUUUGCUUCUCAACAAGGUAUGAAUGCACCGCCAGGUAUAGGUGCAGUACGGCAAGUUACUAUGGAAAUCGAAGGACUUGCUUUGACAGAGGAUGAUUUACGAAAGGGUACUGCAUUCACACCAUGGUACUCUGGACAAAAUAAAUUUGCCAAUCAGUCAGGUACUGGUGGUUUUUUGAAAGUUCGUGAUGUACUACCAAAUUCAAAGGGUGGUAAAGAAAUUGAUAAGGAGCUGAAAAUUAGAUCGGAAGGUAUCGUACCACUUCAGGCUGGUACCAACAAACUUGCAUCUCAAAAAGGUAUGACAAGCUUUGGAACACGAAGAAAUGUACUGCUAAAACAGGAAUGGAAAAAAGAAUGGAUCGAAGAGUAUGAGCAGGCGUUGCGUGAAUUUGAAGAAACUCGACCACCUGGCUCAGCACCUGCUGCCGAUUCAUUUGGAUAUUACAAGAAGAAAUUCGAGGAAAGGAAAGAAGUAGAAGAAAACAAAAUUGAGGCGGAAGUAAAUGAGAAGGAAAAGAAUGAAGAAGAAGAGGAAGUGGAGAAAAAGUCAGUGAAAAAUGAAGAAGAGAAAGAUGAAAGAGAUGAUAAGGAGGAAGAUGAAGAGGAAGAGGAGAAAGAUGAAGAAGAGGAAGAGGAAGAGGAGGAGGAAGAGGGGGAAGAGGAGGAAGAAGAGGAAGAAGAAGAAGAUGAAGAGGAGUAA